AUGUCCAGGCCGUACUGUGAUGGGUGUCUGAAGGGUGGCUACGAAUGCCUAGGAUACGAAGAUAGUCAGUCUCGGAUAAAAAUGAGCCAGGAUUACUCAGGUACAUCUACGUCGACGACGACCCCAACGAGGGGAAUGGUAUCAGAAAUCCCUGAGCCAUGUUCGACUGAGCAGGUUAAAGAGCACCACCACGCAGUCGACACAGACAGGGACCGUGACAUUGGCACUUCCAUUCUUGAGGCUGGUCUGCGGUACAGGGAGACUGGUCAACUUCCAACUACGGGCUGUAAUCCUACCAAAGACUCGUUAGGGUAUUUCAAUCGGUUAUGGCCUCAAGAUCAAAGCCAAUCAAUCAUGCAUUCGUUCUCGUCCAGGAGUCAACCCACCUACAGGCAGCGGCCUUUCGAUGCUGAUUUUGAUGCAAUAUUUGUUCAAAAUAGUCUGUUCGAAGAGGUCAAAUGUGCAUACCAGUCGAUUCCUCCAUCACUGGAUGCGCCGGAAAUCAGGGGGGAUCACUUUGGGUGUGUCGCGAGAACCGUCGGCGUAUGGUUUUUGACCCCCGGGCCCGUUCGUGACUUUCCAACAAGCAAGACAAUGAGAAGAGCAUUAAGUGCUGCCUACUUGGGAGCGAUGAUCCUACAAAAUCUUAAUCAGGGUCUCCAGGAUACUGAUAUAACAUCCAAAAAAUACAUUGGCUGGAUUGACGAAUUUGAAGAGAAGCUUGCUGCCAGUCUCCGUAUAAAUCCCCCACUAAGUCACAUAGGAGAUUGUCUUGUAGCCUAUAUCGAGCUGUCGCUUCUUAAGCUCGCUAUAGCCGACGGUGCUUCAGUGUAUGCUACACUUCGAUUUGCAUUACCCAAGUUUCUCUCGCUCGUAGCUACUGACGCCGGUCUAAUGGUCGAGCAACCAAACGGAAACCUAGCUGUUUCAUUUUUCCACACACUUAGUUCGACUCGGCAGGAGAUCGGACGGUUCGUUCUCUGCGAUGUACUCAUACCAUUCCUAUUUGGGCUACCACCCUUAGUAGAGUAUGGGUACGACGCUAAAUGUAUAUGCGAUCGUUUUGAAUGGUUUCAUGGGAUUCCUAUUGUUUUCUUCCAGGUUAUAUCGCAGGUUAACUCGUGGAGAGCCGGCUCUAGAGCAUCCUCAGACGACUGGCAAGAUUUAGAGCAACGUAUUGUUUCCCAGGAGCAACCAAAUGCUAUGUCAGAGGCUCCUAGGCCUAGUACCCUCGACGGUGCAAGCGUCGAAAGGGCUACAGUAAAAGAACUAUGGAAACACGUAGCCUUGAUCUAUAUAUAUAUGACUAGGAUACAACAGGACCACCCUGACACGCUCAUUUCCGCAGCCAUAUCAGAAGACAAAGCGGCACCCGAGAUACUAGAUCAUCUGUCAACCGUACUGCCUGAGCAUUCACAACAUCCAGCUGCCACGAGGAGAGACCAUGCCCUGAAGCACUCUGUUCUCGGAGCUGCUCUGCAUUACAGAACCACCGCCCACAAACCCGGUUCAACUAUGGAUAGCGACCUGGCCAAACUCUCUGUACGAGCCUUCGAUCGGUUGUGGCCGCAGGAUCAGAGCCAAUCAGUUGCAUGUUCAACCUUAUCGACGCGCCAGUCUGUUUUUGAUGCACCCUGUUUCAAUGUAGCUUCCAGGGCGAGAACCGCAGGGAAUGAUGCGAUAGAAGAUAUUAAAACUGUGUAUCAGUCAAUACCCAGGUCAAUAGAUAUGAUGCAGACUGUGAGGGAAGAUCACUUUGGGCGAGUUGCUAGCGAGUAUGCUUUCCAGAUUCUUGGCCUUUGGUUCUUGACACCGUUGCCUACAAUUCAUGAUUCGAUGGCGAGCCAAAUAAGAGGAAGUAUAACUGUGCGAGCCAUGUAUUUGGGUGUAACAGUUUUUCAGGCGCUUCAACAGGGCCCCCAGGCUAGUGACGCAGCAAUCAACAGAUAUAUCAGCUGUAUCAAUGACUUCGAGGGGGAAAUUGCCAUCAAUGUCCGUAGAAAUCCGUCGUCGAGCGACAUGUUAGACCGCUUCAGGGCCCAUCUUGAGGUAAAUGUAGAUGGCGUGUCGGCAUACACUCUACUUCGCACCGCGCUGCCUAUGUUUCUGUCAUUCAUAUCAACUGAAUCCGACUUGUUGAUCGACCAGCCCAACGGCAGCUUGGCGGUAUCGUUUGCUAAUACGCUUCGUUCUCCUCGGCACGAGCUUGCAAGAUUUGUUGGCAACGACGUUAUUCUACCAUUUUUACUUGGUGCGCCACCCCUGGCAGAGUAUGCCUACGAGAGGUCAUGUGAUCAUGACCAGUUUGAGUGGGUGCAUGGAAUUCCCAUCUCACUCUUUCAGACCGUCUCUCAGGUCAACUCGUGGAGAGCUGGGUCAAAAGUCUUCCUGGAAGACUGGCAAACGCUAGAGCAGCGUACUCUGGCAUGGCGAUCGCCUUACGAUACGUCAGAUGUGCCUUUCGUUCCUGAGAGCGCCACUUCGGAGAUGGCUGCUGUACGAGAAGGCUGGAGAUAUGUAGUGCUGAUAUACAUCUAUAUGGGUGUAUGCGGGGUGUCAUCACAUGAUUCACGGGUCCAAGCAUCUGUUGAUCGAAUAUUUCAGCUUUCGGGAACAGUGCGUAGCUCACACAUUGGUAUGCAUAUGCUACCACAUUACUUUGUUGCUGGGGUGGCGGCGCGGCUGGAAAGACACCGGGUUGCUGUGUACGAGAAGCUUCUUUCGUUCACAGGUUCGCGACCUUGGCUGUUUGGAGGGCCACAACUUGGUCUAUUCCUGUACCGUUUAUGGCGUGGCGUGGGUACAGGAGGAGGAGCCGUUACGUGGGAUGACUAUGUACGGUCGAGGCAAGCAGUUGCUCCGAUCUGA